AUGUUGUACUUGGCAGGUUUAGCAUUCGCUUACUUGGCGCUUGCCGAUCCAAAAUCGUGCACCAACUCUCAAAAUUGUGCAUCUGGAACUAACUGUCUAGAUGUCAAUAUAAAUGGCCAGCAAAAAGAGAUUUGCACAAAAUGCGAGGCCACCCACGUCCCGGUCGAGGGGGCGUGCCAGGCGAAGGACGGGCAGGACAAGUGCACGCCGCAGGACGCCCCCGACGGGACCUGCAAGGCGUGCCAGGGGAGCACCUACCUCUACAGCGGAGGAUGCUACGCCGCGUGCCCCGACGGAUUCUACGGAAAGGGCGACAACACAUGUGCCAGCUGUGAUAGCUCCUGUGACAAGUGCGAGGCCAAGACUCCCACGAGCUCACGCUGUACGAAGUGCGCUGUCACCCACGUCCCGAUCGACGGGGCCUGCGAGACCAUAGCCGCCGCAGGGGCCAAGUGCACGGCCAAGAGCACCCCCGACGGCACGUGCCAGUCGUGCAAGGGAGAGAACUAUCUAUACAGAGGCGGCUGUUAUGUCUCGUGCCCUCAGGGAACACCAAACUCUGAGACUAACACAUGCGAUGGAGUCCCCGCCCCUGAUUGCAAUCUUCCUAACUGCAAGUCAUGUCCUGGCGGCACGUGCACAGAGUGUAACGACGGAUUUGUUCUAGGUGAUGAUAAAAAUUGCGUGCCUUCUAGCGUCAACAAGAGCGGGCUCUCCACUGGCGCCAUAGCGGGCAUCGCCGUGGCCGCUAUUAUUGUCGUCGGGGGUCUCGUCGGUUUCCUCUGCUGGUGGUUUAUCUGCAGGGGGAAGGCAUAA